AAAAGAUAAAGAGAAAGUUAGUUUGAUCAUAAUUGGAUUUAAGAAAUACAUAACAAGAUGAAUGGAAAUAGAAACAAUUCCAGACAUGUAAAAACGUAUAAAGUACAACAUUUGAGAACAUUUGAAGUUACUCCUAAAAAUGUAUUACCAAAUACACAAACUGCCGUUGAACUACUGAUGCAAGGGUGUUACACAUAUGUACGCAGUUUUAACAUGUCAAUCGAUGAUAAUAAUGGUGAACCAUAUCUCAUUCUAAGUGAUCCACGUAAUGGAGAUGCUGAAGUUGAACGUUUUCGUAUUGGUCGUAUACUUUAUCCUCGGUAUCGAAUAACUCCUCCAGAUGUGUGUCCAGUAAACAAUCUACUCACAUUCACUAUCAAAGCUGGUUCAAUGGAUGAUGGACGUCCAAGACGCAAUGAAAUACAUUUAUUUCAAGUUUUAACUUGUCCUGCUCAAACAAUUGUCAAUGUUUUACUGAGAGCUGGAGCUCUAGACAAUGAUUCAUAUGAUCAAGACAUAAAUGACUCCAUGCUAAUCUCCAGGGCUCCAUCUGAACCAAAUCUAAGGAUACCAUUACAAACAAGUUCAAGUGGAAUUCAACUUCCACCAAUGAUUACCAAAGAGGAUAGUGUAUAUAGUGAAUCACAACUCAAUCGUGAGUGGAUUGACUUAGAGGUUGCACUGCUUAAUCACUGUUUUGAUGACAUUGAAUCAAAUUACAAAAUUUUGAAAAGCAGAACAACUCGACAGUUCUCUAAAUCAGCACCAUCUGUUGCUACAUCGAGUAAAUCAAAAAGUCGAGUUUCAAGUAUUAGUGUAAAUCAAAAUUCUACUUUGGUCAGUGAGUUAGAUGAACCUGUGAAAAAAUGUGCUGUUGAUUUCUUUGAAAAACUCAAAUUCGCAUGCAUUCUAUUGGCAAGACUUCAAGACUAUCUUGUAGAUCCGAAUUCUGCUCACUUGGCCAGACAACUAUUUGAAUUUUUAAAAUAUGGAGUUGAUGCUACACGAAACCCUAAAACAAAUAGAUCAAGCAUUGCUCAAUCAACUAUUUAUCCACUAUUACCAGAUUAUGUUGUGCUUUUUAUUCAAUCGAACUUGACAAAUGAAUAUGAGAGACUAUGGCGCAAUCUUGGAGAUGCAUGGAAUGUACCAAGGAAGGACUCUCCUUACGAAGAUCACGUUUAUAUACCCAACUUUGAGAACAGAUUCACGGUGGUUCCACAUGAAUACGAACCAUCAUUGUUUAAAUACAACUCUCCAAAUGUGAUUGAUAGACAAGAGACAAGAUAUAUGCUCCCGCCAGGCAGUAAUUUUAAUGUGAAUCAAUCUUCUAGAACACCACGUGACAAAACCAAUAGUUAAAAUUUUAAACUUAUAUUCUAUUGCUCUCUAAGAAACGAAGAAAAUUAAGUAAGUUUCAAGUUGUAUUUGUGAAUACAUUUGAACAUUUACUAAUCAUUAAUGAAUGAGUCAGUACAGUUUUUCUUCAAACCUAGUAAGGUUUUUAUUCAUAUAAUGAAGGUUGCUAGUAAUGUUUUAUAAUCCACUGGGAAUAUAUUAAAUGUUAACAGACAAAUCAAAUAACUUGUUUGAAUAAGUUUGAGAUGAUAUACCUAUAUGAAGCGAUUAGACAGUGGUGGAACGUUUUGUAUCGGAAUAUUGGAAUGCUCUAAAACUUACAAAUGAUUAGCAUUUCCUUUGAGAAGUUGGACAUGUGUAAAAGAGCAUACUUGAGGGUAUCAUAUAACUAACAUCUUGUUAAAACAGAAAGCAUGUCCAGAUGCAAAUAUUGCUGUCUAUACAAUGCCUUUGUUGUUGUGUUCUUUGGAAUGGAUAGUGACGUACUUUUUUGUCUAGACAGUAAGCAUCAAAAUGCUAAAUUCUCUACUUAUAGUGUCUUGAUGAACAGCUGAUCAGCUAUACUAUCCUGGUAGUAGAUGAUCGCUGUUUUUAGAUAUGUAGGAUAUCCAGUUUAUCGAACAAUACAUAUUGUAUGUACCUCUAAUCACAACAUGGGGACAAAUCCUCGGGCACCACUAAGCAGCUCAGAUAUAUAUACAUGUUGAAAUUAUUGAAGAUUGAUAAAACACCAUUGACGCAAGUUCUGUAAGUACAUCUGCUUUGAUAUUUACCCACUGAAUUUUUCCGUUAAACUGUUCAGUUCCUUAAAUGGCGAAAAUUCUAUACUAAUAGCGAAUGCUGAUUUCAAAUAAAUAUUAUGUCCGUAUGGGAUCCGUAAAUGCGUUAGCUGAGCCGUUGAUGGUAUCCUUUGAUUGAUGGAAUAACAUUAGACGAGUGGCUUCCGACGACAGAAUACUCGGAUUUUUUAAAGAAAAUCACCCUUAAUAUAAUCCCGGUUCCAAUUACAAAGUACUUCGACUGCACCAAUAGCGUCUACUAUUUCGCUAUUUCAUCUGGAACAAACGGAAUCUUCUUACUGUUGACUAGUGGAAUGUAUCGACUGUCAACACAGUCUCUGAGAUAUAUUUCUCCUUCAAAUGCAUACACAAUUCGUCACUUAAAUACCACAAAUCUAUACACUAAACUUUCUUGACUAUUCAUUAGUGCAAUGAGUCAUACGUUUAGCAGUCUUUUUCCAAAAGGUUAAUCUUGUUAACACACAGCAAUUGUUUAUCUAAUUUUUUUAGGAGUACAAGGACAAUGGUUAUCUUUGAUAUACAUCGAGAUAUCUUAAUGCUCGAUAAAUAGAAUAAUGUCUGUAAGAUCUAGUUCGUGAUAUAUGUAUCAAUAACUGAGUUAGGGUCGGUAAUAUACUUACAAGUACUUGUAAGUAGUUUUCCAUGGAACAACUUUAGCUGAAGAAAUGUCCACAAAUUCCCCCACUAUAUAAGGUUUCAUAUUCGUCUGAAAUAACACCAUUGUAUUUACUGCUAGCCCAGAAAAUCGAACCUUUUUCGUAUUGACUAAAGAAAAAUUAUUUGAAAAUUUUUUGCCAACCGAAAGAUAACUGCGUAUUUAGCAUACAACGCUCGACUAUGACCAUCUAGUUUUCUUAAUACCAAAAUACUUAAGAAUAUAAAGUACUCAUUCGUUUGUUUCGCAAGUGAAUUCAUUUUCUGGGUAAGCAAUCUUAAACUAAUUAUACAUAACAGAAAAUGUAUGUUUCCGCUAUAAAUGACGGACGAGCCAACCAUAUAUCUGCAAAAUAUGAGUAUUAGAAAGUCCCAAUUUUCCUAACUGUAUCCCUUCCUGAGUUGAGUUAUUUUGACCCUGAUCAUUGCGCGAUACAAACUGUAUUAUUCAUGAAAAGAUGAGUUUCAAAGUGUAGCGACCAAUAGAAUUAAUGUUGGCGUAGUGUUGAGUAUCGCCUACACAAUAUCAAAACGGUACAUUUGACUACUCAGCAUUCUGAUUUGUCUAAUUGAUUAAUAUUAUCGAAAUCUUACGGAUUACUUCCUUUAGUACUAUAUUUAUUUACUUCUUUUUGUUUCUUCUUACCGUAUAAUCAGAUAUGAAUUCGUUGAAGACAUUCAAAGAACUCUAAAGAAAUUAUUUAGUUCUAAUCAAAAUACUUUCAUCUUUUGAGUAAAGAUCAUUGUAAUUUUUUUCCUACUACACAACUCUCUUUGUUCAGAAGUUUACGAGACCUUUUUCCAUUUGUUCGUUUUUGGCAAAAUAUUUAGUUAGAAAUAAAAUCAUAACCAUAAGGU